UACUCCUCCAUCCCCCGCUCUUUAGUUCUCAAGGAUCUCCUUUCCUCUGUUCUGUUUCCUCAUUAUAUCUCUGUCCCCUUUUAAAUUUUAAUACACCAUCGAUGGCGACUAAGUUCUCCCUCGGCAAUGCUCUGCUUGCGUUCAUGCCUUCCUUCAGCUUCCUGCUUUCGGGAGCUUUCGGAUACUCCUCCUCCGGGUGGGAGAACGCCCAUGCCACUUUCUACGGCGGCGGCGACGCUUCCGGCACAAUGGGAGGUGCUUGUGGGUACGGGAAUCUGUACAGCCAGGGAUACGGCACGAACACGGCGGCGCUAAGCACGGUGCUGUUCAAUGGCGGGCUGAGCUGCGGAUCGUGCUACGAGUUGCGUUGCGCGGACGACCCGCAGUCGUGCCUGCCGGGCUCCAUCGUCGUCACCGCCACCAACUUCUGCCCGCCCAACUCCGCCCUCCCCAACGACAACGGCGGCUGGUGCAACCCCCCGCGGCAGCACUUCGACCUCGCCCAGCCUGCUUUCCUCCAGAUCGCGCAGUACCGCGCCGGCAUCGUCCCCGUCUCCUUCCGCAGGGUGGCGUGCGUCAAGAAAGGUGGCAUCCGCUUCGCCAUCAACGGCCACUCCUACUUCAACUUGGUGCUGGUUAGCAACGUGGGCGGCGCCGGCGACGUGCAGUCGGUGUCGAUCAAGGGGUCCAAGGGCGGGUGGCAGGCGAUGUCGCGCAACUGGGGACAGAACUGGCAGAGCAAUUCCUUCCUCGACGGCCAGAGCCUAUCCUUCCAGGUCACCACAAGCGAUGGCCGGACCCUCACCAGCUACAACGUCGCACCGGCGAGUUGGCAAUUCGGCCAGACCUUCGAAGGCGGCCAAUUCUAGGCUCUAAAUUAUUUCCCGGUUCAGAGAUAUUACUUAAACAGUUAAAAGCUGAGGUUGCUCGAUUUAAAUUAGCACCCGCCGAUUGAGAGAACCGGAGGCCUCGAUAUAAGAGAGAUAUUCAUCAUUUUUAUACAGUGAUAAUGAUGAAGGUUGUAGUACGAAGUCGUUCUCUGCAAAGCGUGUCAAGUUCUGUAAUACUGACUCGCAUGCUUUAAACUUAGUAAUCUUAAUAAUUUAUUUAGUAGGUUGUUGGUUGCUGAUCGGGUACCCCAAUUGUUAGAGGUCAGACGGGCAAUCGUAAUGUCUGUGGGCUUUUGACUCACGAUUACUUGUUAAUUGAUGCUGUAACUGGAUAAUUAUAAAAAUAGGAGUCAAAUGACUCUAGUGUUGAAAAA